AUGAGGCGGCACGCUGGCCCGUUGGACAAGCGGAAAAGGGUGACGCGGUGCCACUCCUGCUCCAAGCGGCGAAUCAAGUGUGAGGGAGGCUUCCCGUGUGAGUACUGUACUCGGACCAAGAAGCAAUGCCAUCCUCCUGGUCCGUCUUCCCGGAGAAUAGAAUUUGUCCUUGUCAACAGCUCGACACGGCCUGAUUAUCAAACGCUGGGGUCUCCUGCUCUGAUCCCGAGACCAGAUGACAGCCUGUAUCUGGAUUAUUUUGCGCUCUUCGUGGAAAGAUGCCAAUUUACUAGGGGGUUUGCCACCAUAUCCACGGAUCUCCUUCCUCUAAUUUCUUCGUCGAGGCCUUUGAAAGAUUUAGCACUGGCAAUUGGCGCAUUGGAAGCCAGCAGGAGAGGAUCCUUACACACAUAUCGUGGGUCAGAUUCUCCGCAAGUUGCGUCUUUUGGAUUUUACGGGAGAUCGAUCGAAGCGUUCCAGAUGCAGAUACAGACCAGCCAAGGGAUUGAAAGGGAGGAUGUCCUUUGGACCACCCUUUUCCUCGGAAUUUUCGACCUCAUGACCGAGAAUUCCGGCGAUGGUUGGGCCAACCACAUGUCGUAUGGCAUAUCAAGGAUUUUGCAAGCAGUGAAGCCUGUUGAUGAACCAUCGCCACUGAGAAUGACGCUUCUUGACGCAUUCCAGACCCUCGAGGCUAACCGGGCUAUUAUAUACGGAGAUGCCUCAUUCCUGGUUCAAAAGUGCUGGUCAUCGCACUUCCUAGGGCCGAAUACACAUCCCCAUGGCGCGAUGCACAGCAUCAUUCAACUCAUGCUCCAAGUAUCUGGCUUUAGCCAAAGAUUCUUUGAAGAGAUAGAGUCGAUCCCGAGCGACGACAGGCCUCUCCACCCACUCAUAAGCGAGCUUGCAGUUGAUGGUUGCCGCCUCCACGAGAAGCUAGAAUCAUGGUACAGUGAUACAGCGCCCCAGAGAGACGAGUCUGAUCCAUAUAGCAAGCUUGCAUUGGCAAUCUACCAUGCUCUUGGCCUCUUCUUGAGUGGAAAUUAUGGGUACUAUUCAUGCUGGGAAGGCCAGAGACUCCCAAGCUUGACUUUGGUCGAAAGGGAACGCCGUUCGAAUACAGUACUGAGCCUGUCCGUCUCCAUUCUGGAGAAUUCGAGUAUUCCGGGGCCAUUGAUUUUAUUCCCGCUGAGAGUCACUGGUUUGUAUUCCACAGGGGAACAACAGCGUCAAGAAAUCUUGGGUUUACUUGGGCGUAUCCAGCGACAAGGGUUCAAUGUCGCCGAGAGAAUACAAGGUGAUUUGCAGCAAUGCUGGAACUAUCAAGACUCGCACAUUUCACUUCUUCGGAUGAUCGAUAAUAUCCCCGAGUAA